UCUCUCGUGCGUCUGCAUUUCGAAACAGUACUUUUUCACAUAGAAUGCAGACUUGUGAUCAGAUAGAUUAGACCUUUUUUUCCAACUGUCUUUCCAUCUGUUCUGUAACGAAUUUAAGAUUUAUUAAUAUAUUGAUAUUGAUAUUGAUAUUGACAGAGUCAAAAACACCUUAAGGCAUGCUUUGGUUUGCCAGUAGCAGUUGGGGGUUGUCGUAGAGUAUAAAUACUAAAUUGGAUGCAACCAAGCAGUUUAAUAGGAGGGAUGUCUGAUAAUGAUGAUGCCUUAUUGGAUGAAGAUUUAGGAGAUGAAGAAUACAACCUUGGUAAUGAUGAAGAAGAAGCUCUUUUAGCUGAUGAUUAUGAUUUCGAAAAAUUAUCUGAACAGCAGACAAUAUCUAAAGGAGAAGAGGAAACAGACGAUGUAUUGGAUUUGGGUGUCACCGAUGCACUGGAUGACUUGGAAACAGAAGAAGAAAAUGUACACUUUAAAAUUAUACAUGAUAGUUCCAAGCAAAAUGAAGUUUUUGCUGUUAAGAAAUCGAAAACAGGUUUUGUUCAAGAAAAUGAACUUGUGGCUUUCCAAAAAAUACAAGAAUAUCAUGAUCCAAUGGAUUCAAAUACUACACUUAAAAAGCAUAAAGAUUUACGAGAAAAACUUCGUGAAAAAACAAAUAGUCGUCGCGAAUCUUUUUGUACUAAUAGCUGUAACCAAUUAUUAGAAGAUGAUGAGUUUGAAGUAAUUAGAGAAAAAAGAAACAGAUUUUUAACGGAAAGAGUUUCUACAAUAACAAAAAUGAAUCAUGACAUUCCAGACUCGUUAGAGAACGUUUUGACUGUAGAACACGAUAGAUCAUCCUACAAAGACCGAGAAAGAGGUGAUAGAAAUAAUAGAAGUGAUAGAGCUGACAAAAAUGAGAAAUGUGAUAGAAACGACAGGGUUGAUAGAGCUGACCGAGCUGACCAGAGGAAUAAUAGAGGAAAAUAUGAUGUAUAUCAGUUCGGAAGAUACUACCAUAGUCGUGCCCCUUCUUUGCCAAGUCAACAGGCUGCUCAAAGAGGACCACCGAUUGAUAGUAGAAUAUCUUUUGAACCAUUAAGACUGUCAAAUAACACAUCUUUGACUCAACAACAUCAAACUUAUUCAUAUCAUAACUCUCAAGGUCAAACAAUAUACAGCCAGCAUCGUCCUCAAUUCAUUGGCUCAAACUUGGCAAUGGUUCCUAAUCCGUUUGCAGACACAAUAUUACUGCCUCAGAAUCCACACAUAAACAUUUCGAGAACAAAUUAUGGAUCCCGAGGUCCACCUGUUGGUCCUCCUAGUUUUACGAUUCAUUCACCUGGUCUAUCAGGAGCCUUAGGGCAUCGUUCCACUGGACCUCCUAGGCCACUCGACGCAAUGACUUCCAUUCCUCCCAGUCCAGGCUCUGCACCUACUACUUAUAACAGCUCAACUAAUCACUCUCAAUUUCCGCAAGGAAAUCAAGCAAUUUUCCCUAACCAAAGAUUGCCGUGUCAUUUAUCUGAUGAUAGAAGAGUUCUGCAUCAAAGUAGUCAUAUAUCAUCGUUACCUGCCAUGCAAGGAUCUGGUGUAGUUGGAGCACAUAUGCCCGCAAAUCAAGUUCCAAUUAUUUCUGCGAGUCAAGUGGUGUCUCCACAAAAUUUUAAUUGUCAGCAGACUUCAAGUUUAUCUGUACAUCAUCAAAAUAUUUCUAAUCCGAUACCUAACCAAUCAUCCUUAGAAGGCAGGUUAUCAUUUUCAGAAGUCUCCCAGUUUAAAAUUCAUCCUACGUUUGAUACAAGAGAUGUUUACUGCAGCAAUCCACCCGUGAGCCAAAUUAAUAACGCAAUACCUCCAAUCUCUCGAUCAUUAGUUCAAACUUCAUCGACACCAAUUCUUCUUCCACACUUAUCGAGUGUAGCUAAUAUUCAAAAUGUCCCAGUAUUGUCGACUGGCCACAAAAUACUGAUAAAUCCACAUUUCAGAGGGAACUCUGCAAAAUGUACUGCGCAAAGUUCAGCUGAUAAAUUUGUCCAAGCAUUAAAAAAUGCCUCAAAGACUUCAUCAACUGAAUUUGGUUUCAGCAAUCAACAGUCAAAAAGUGAUGAUCCGUAUUCAUACUUUUCUGAUGUGUGGCAAGAAAAUAAACCGCAAAAGUCACACAAUAUUUGUAACUCACGACGCUCAUACACACCCGAAAGUGUACAUUCAAAAAGUAGCAGCUACAGUAAUUAUAAUAGUAAAUACAAGUCUGAAAAUCAGUUGUCUCAUAAAGAUGCUCAGUUAGAGAAACAAUGCCGUAAAACUACUCGUGAAGAUAUUCGUGAAAAGGAACCUUUACCAAAACUGCGAAAUAGUUUGACUUAUCGUUCAUCUCUUCAAAGCAAUAAAUUUCAAAAUGAAAAUGAUACCGAUCAAAUAAAAAUAAGUUAUCAAAAAGAUGAACACACCAAGACCUUGAUUGUUUCUGACAAAGAGCUAAGUAGGAAUACGACAAAAAAAAGUAAAGCUGAUUUUAUAAGUCCGUUGAAUAAAACCAGUCCAAAGAAAUUAAGGUUAAAUGAAAAACAUGGAAAAGUGGAAGAGGAAAAAAUAGAUUCAGAAAUUAAAGAGUACGAAAGAAAAAUGGAAGAACAAAAACGACUUCGUGAAAAAAUUCUUCGAGAAAAAGAAAAUCGCCGAAAAUUAGCAGCUUUGCAAAAGCAUAAUCUGCAUGGCGCAGUGAAAGCAAAGCCAGAAUCAACAACUUCAAGCAUAGGAAAUGAACACAUAAAAGGAAAAAUGGAUUGCAGAUCUAUUUAUUUGCAGUGUGUAGAGGAAAAGCCAUCACGUCUUGUCCGUACAGUUCUUACAUCUACACAUAAAAAACAUUCACCUCAGUCCAAUAGUACCGGUAUCAAAGCAAAUUCUGAGACUGAUAAUGUUCUUGAUCAUGAUUAUCAUAAUUAUAAUAUUGAUGACAAUGACGACGAAUAUGAUAGCAAUGACAAUGAUGAUCUCAAUAACGGAAGUAAUAAUGACAGUAUUUAUGACAAAAAGUGUAAGAAUAAGGAGUCUUUCAGUAGAAUUAUUUUAAAUAAACGGGACAGUAAACAAAAUUUACAGAAGAAUAAUACUAAAAACAUUCAUACUGCUAAAGUCAGUCAACAGCUUGGUCAGAUAAAGCAACUACUCACACCCUCUAAAAGGACUACUGUAUCGAAAGCGUCAAUCUCUCAGAAACAACAAUAUGAAACUUCUAAUGAUAUACAGCAAGGAAAAAGAAUAGUUGUACAUAAAUCAGGUGUGCUAAAAUUCAAGAAAAAUAUGAAAUCAAACGUCAUUAAGAUUGAUAAUUUACCAGUUAGUACAACAGAAUCACAACUUCGAAAAAUGUGUCAUGGAAUUGGCAGCAUCGAGAGUAUCCAAAUGGCUAAGGGCAAUGCCACCAUUAUAUUUAAAACACAAUCUGCUGCUACAGUUUUUCACAAUAGAUAUCAAAGGAGAUUGUUAGAUAUGUCAACGAUGAAAGUUCAACUACUGCCACAGACAUCUGCUAAGUCAUGUCAAUGAGUGAAAAUGGACCAGUACCUUGUGAAAAAAGUGUGAGUGUGUGUGUUUGUGUGUGUGUCCGCGUAUGUGUGUAUGUGUGUACAUAUAUACAUGUAUAGAACUGUUUGGAUGUAUUUGUAAAUAUUUUUCAAAGUAUAAGUCCUUAAUAUGUGUAUAAAGCAUCGAUAUCUUUUUCGUUGAAGAAAAUGAGCUUAGAUGUCAUGUAUGAUAAAAACUAAUCUUAAUUGAACUAUUGUAAAAAAAGCGAUGCAUG